UCCGAGACUGGCAUGGCACAAUGCUACCUUUCUGUUUUCUACAAUUUAGGAUUGGGGUGGGAUUAGUCUGUUUGUAUCCUGUUGAAUACAAGUAUUUUGGUGUCUUUCAUCACCAAGAAUUCCGGAAAUACAUAAUCAUACGGGAAGAAGGGAUUGAUCACCAUAUAUGGCUGUGGUUUAUGACAAUUGGGAACGGCUGGUUACAGCUACUCUGCGCAGAGAGGAGCUCCGGCUCACUGCUCUGAGAACCCCGAGUGAUGUUUCCUCAGCAUCACUGUUAUCAGGAUCACCAUCUCUCAGUUUCAGUUCUCAGACUGGCCAAGUUUCAUCUUUUAACUUCGGGAGCUUAUUAGUUGGGGAUUCAUUUACUUAUAGUCAAAUUCUUAAAGCUACACGUUUCUUGAGUGACUCCAAUCUCAUCAAGCAUGGCCAUUCUGGCAAAUUCUUUUAUGGUGUUUUGCAAGGUGGCACAGAAGUGGUAAUUAAACAAGUCGAUGUUUCUUGCUUUGAGAAUGAAUUGUGUUUUAUGUCAGAAUUGGAAAUUUGCAGCAUGGUUUAUCAUUCUAGGCUGAUCCCCCUUCUGGGGCAUUGUUUGGAGAACGGAUAUCAGAAGUUUCUUGUUUACAAAUACACCCCUAACAAGGACCUGGGAAGUUUAUUGGGGCAUGAUGACACUAACCAGUUACCAUCGUUAGAUUGGACCACGAGGUUGAAGAUUGCAACUGGAGUGGCAGAGGGCUUAUGUUAUCUACAUCAUGAAUGUUUUCCACCCCUUGUUCAUAGGGACAUUCAAGCUAGCAGCAUACUACUUGAUGAUGACUUUGAAGUGAGGUUAGGAAGCCUUGCAGGUGUCUGCAUUGAAGAAAAAGAAAACAAUCAGAUUGGGAUUGCUCGGUUCCUGCGGUUGCCAAAAAUUUCUGAACAAAUCAGUCCAGGUAAAUCUACGGCAAGACGCUCUUAUGAUGUUUAUUGCUUUGGAAAGAUUUUGCUUGAGCUAGUCACCAGCAAGCUGGGUGCUAGUGCUGGCAAUGACUCCAUUACGAAGGAGAAGGAUUGGAUGGAAAAGACCCUACGCUAUGUUGUUGUUUCAAACGACAAGAAACAGCAUUUGACAGAAGUUUGGGCAGUUGCUUUCAUUGCCAAGGCUUGUGUCCACCACAAGCCUUCUAAGCGGCCCCAAAUGUCAGAAAUACUUGAGGCUUUGAAACGUGUUAAAUCAACAAGGUUCAGUAAUCAACAACUUCAAGCUGCUAGUCAUCCCAACAAACUUUUCCCACCUCCUACAAUGCCAGCAGUUCCUGAGGGAUCUAAAACAAUAGGACGGAUGUCACAGGCAACUGAAAAUGCCAAAUCCACAGGCAGCAGCACUGCUUCAGGGAGCUAUGAGUUCUCAGAAGUUAAUGCGAGUAAGAAGGUUUAUCCACUGGGAGAAAUAUUGGCCACCCCCAAUUUAAGGAUUUUUACUUGUUCGGAACUGAAGGCUGCUACAAGAAAUUUUGAAAUUGACACAUUGCUGGGAGAAGGUGCAUAUGGGAGAGUAUACAAAGGUUCGCUUCAUGAAAAGUCCAUGUCAGAGAGUGGAAGUGAAGCACUAAUUGCUGUUAAAGAAGUGUAUUCCUGGUGUAUUCCAGCAUUUCGAAACAGGUGGCAGUCUGAGGUGGUCUUGCAUGGAAGGCUUUCUCAUCCAAACAUAGUUAAGCUCCUUGGAUACUGUUGGGAGAACAAAGAGCUAUUUCUUGUGUAUGAGUUCAUGCAGGAAGGCAGCUUGGCCAGCCACCUAUUUGGAAGACGAGGCUCUGCCUUUCAGCCGCUUACAUGGGAAAAAAGGAUUAAGAUCUUAGUUGGAGCAGCUCGAGGUGUGGCGUUCUUGCAUCAAUCACAGAAACGAGGUUCGAUUAGACGGGAAGCGGGAUAUGAGGGUUUCUAUGACCAUUUUGAGCCCUCAAAAGUAUUGCUUGAUCAGUCUUACAAUGCCAAAUUAUCAGAUUUUGGUCAGAAGACCUCAUUGAUAGAUCCAGAUCCGUAUAAUGAAGUACAUCCAAAACUACUUUGGCGUGAAGGGAAGUCGUCCCCAAUGAUGGAUGUAUAUGGCUUCGGUAUUCUGUUGGUCGAGAUGAUAACAGGUUUAGAGAAGCUAGACACACGUUGUCAGACUGAUCAAGAAGUUAUGCUCGAUUGGAUCAAGCCUGAUUUAUCUGGCCAGCCUUUGUUCGGCAUUUUGGAUUCCAAGCUAGAAAGAAACUAUCCUGUAGAAGCUGUUACAAAAGUGUCACAGCUUGCUCUGUUAUGUCUUGAGAAAAAUUGUAAAUACAGGCCAUCAAUGGAAGCAGUUGUGAAGGAAUUAGAGCUUAUUGAAUCACCAACAAAGAAAGGCGGGAAACUGGGUUGAAUUCUGCGAGCCAGAUAGCAUAUAUUUACAUGGUCAUCAACCUGCAGUCCCACAAGGUACAUUCUGUUUUCUAUACAUGCUUUCCAGAAGAAUGGAUCCAUAUUCGGACGUUGUCGCUGAUCGAUCAGACAGCUUCUCCAGUGAUGCACACCACAGAGACUUGGAAAUUCUUUCUUCACUUUUGUUAUGGUUGUUGAAAAACAAGAAUCACUCUUGAGCUUAACAUUUCUACAAAUAUGAUCUUACUCUCUAGGUGCUAAAAUGAAACGGGCUUGAUGCAUACAAAGUAACAACAAUGUUCCACAUCUGGAAUAAUUAUCAUUUAUAUGUCUUGUCA